CCAGAACAAAACUAAAAAUUCGCUAGCUCCAGAGACUAUGUUCCUGUCUCGCCUGCCAGCAAAUCAUAGAAAUAAAUUCCGAAGUGUGCAGCAGUCUGCGACUCGAAUUCCGAAUUUCUGAUAGAGAUCAGCCUGUGCAGCAUCGUGCGCAAUGGGACCGCCAAAACGGAGAGUGCUCGCCACGGCCGAGGAGACCUUGACUCCUCCCGACAAUUUGGCCGAAGGACAGGCGAUUGCUCGGGUCAUUAAGGCCACCGGCAAUAAUAUCUACUUGGUAGAGCUGCCCUCUAAAACCACUAUUUUGGUAGAACUGCCGGCUCGGUUCCGAUCCACCAUCUGGAUGAAGCGUGGAUCAUAUGUCCUCGUCGACACCAGGGCUCUCGAGGAUCGAGACAACAAACUCGCUGGUGAAAUCAUCAACGUCGUGGGGGACGAAAAAGCCUGGCGGAAAGCGCCUUACUGGCCAAAAGAAUUUGUCAAGCAAUCUCUGUUGCCAACCGAAGACGAUGAUGAGGAGGAAUCGACGGUGGGAAAGUUGCCACCUUCAGACGAGUCGGAUGCCUGAUGUCUCUGCACGGUCUUUUUAGUAUGGCGUUCAGAGGACUGUGCGAGUACAUGACGUGCGGUUCCUCUUUUAUGAGUACCCUUUUCUGG